AUGGAUCUUCUUCACAGUUGGGGGGUUGAGCUGGCGGUCCAUCUGCAGACCACAUACAGCAGGUAUGAGGGCUUGUUUAGCCUGGCAUCCACAGUGGCCGACCUGCACACCACGUUCUUCUGCUUCUUCCCGAUCUGGUUCCACCUGCGGAGGGACACGGGGCUCAGGCUCAUCUGGGUGGCCGUCCUCGGAGACUGGCUCAACUUGGUCCUGAAAUGGGUUCUGUUUGGGGAGAGACCGUACUGGUGGGUUCACGAGACCCGGUUUUAUGGAACGGGACCGGCCCCUUCUCUGCAGCAGUUUCCCAUCACGUGUGAGACUGGACCAGGAAGCCCUUCAGGUCAUGCUAUGGGUGCAGCUGGGGUCUGGUAUGUGAUGGUAACUGCGCUACUCACUAUUGCAACAGAGAAGCGAUGCCCCCCUUUACUAUACAAGUUCCUGCAGGCAGGCCUGUGGAUGCUAAUGGGCCUGGUAGUGCUGGUGGUCUGCAUGUCCAGGGUCUACAUGGCUGCCCACUUCCCACACCAGGUCGUUGCUGGAGUCAUUACGGGUGUACUUGUCGCUGAGGUUGUCUCAAAGGGGAAAUGGAUCUACAGCGCCAGCAUGAAGAAAUACUUCUACACGACUCUCUUCUUGACCUCCUUCGCUGUUGGCUUCUACGUCAUCCUCAAAGCUCUGGGUGUGGACCUGCUUUGGACCCUGGAGAAAGCCCAGAAGUGGUGCGUGAGGGCAGAGUGGGUGCACCUGGACAGCACGCCCUUCGCCAGCCUCCUGCGUAACAUGGGCACCCUGUUCGGCCUGGGCCUUGGCCUGCACUCGCCCCUCUACGCUGAGACCAAGAAAAGAAGCACCAGUUUCAAGAUGGGAUGUAUUAUUGUCUCCUUGUUUCUGCUUCAGCUGUUGGAUGGAUGGACAUUUUCCUCGGAAAAUCUUAUGAUUUUCUAUUUUGUGUCUUUUGGUAAAAGUGCAGUUGCGCUUUUAAUCCCAACCACUCUGGUUCCCUGGGCGCUCUGCUGGAUUUGCAAGGGAAAGAGAGAUGACAAGAAUUUGUGAUUCAAGACCAACUUGUAGUUUAAAUCAAUUAUUAGUUUAAUUUUUUUUAUAUUUACCACUAAUUAUAUUUCACUUUUGUGUUGAUAGUUACAUGAUAAGAUUGAUAUCACUCUAAUGUCUUUAUACUUAAUAUAUGUAUACUUAAUCAUAAAUAUGAAGCUACAGCAAGCUGAUUAGCUUAGCUUAAUGGUGAAACAGCUAGCCUGGCUCGGUCCAAAUGUAACAAAAUCAGCCUACCAGCACCUGUAAAACUCGUUAACUAACAUGUUAUAUUUCAUUUGUUUAACCUGUACAAAAAACUAUAAAAAUAUGUAUUUUUGUGGUUUUA